AACUAAAACUUGAAUAGUGCGUUUUUGUCCAGCGGUGUAGUUUGGAGACAGCCCCUUAUGGACUCUCAUAGACCGGUGCCCAGAUGAAGUUUUUUCCCGGUGGCUAUUCUGAGGUAAAAUGAGCUAGUCUUUUUUUUUAGUAACUGGUUUUACUUCAUGUGCGCUUCUUUCUUGAAGAAUAUUGUACCGUUUCGUCUGUACCUUAUGUAAACCGGUUGAACAGGUAUAAAACCUGAGCUACGCUUCCUCUCUGUGGCUCGCACCAUUACCCCACGUACACAUCUGUUCAACCCGACAUGAAGAGAAACGGCGCGUAUAAGGUUUUGUCCGUAUUGUCGUUUUUCAUCGUGCUGCUGUUCAUGUUUCUGUUUUGGUUCUUUAUAUUUUACUCAAUUACAAUUGCAUCAUAAGAAAGACACAAGAGAUACACACACUGACGUUAGCAUCUGCUAAACUGUGAGGCUACUUACCCACAAUGCAAUGCUCUGUUGACAAGUCCCGCUAUCACAUGAUCACCACCAGGAAGUAAGGAUUUCUGAUUGUCGUACUUGGCUGCUCAUCCUGUCAGUGAAGUUGUAAUGGCAUCUGACACCAGUGAGGCAGCGUCCUCCACUCAAGACCUCAAGCUGCAGUUUGCUCCCUUCAGCAGUGCUCUGGAGGCCGGCUUCUGGCACCAGCUCACUCAGAAGAAACUCAACGACUACAGAUUGGACGAAAGCCCCAAGUGUAUCAAAGGAUACUACUACAAUGGUGACCCACUUGGUUUGCCCACUCGCCUGACAUUGGAGUUCAGUGCAUUUGAAGUGGACGGUCCUACGCCAGCCCGUUGCUGUCCAACUAUUGGAACGCUGUAUAACACCAACACACUCGAUGCCUUUAAGACCUCUGAUAAGAAAGCUCUUCUGGAGAAAGAGGCCAAGGAGAUAUGGGAUGCUAUACAGUCUGGGGCUGCUCUGAAGGACCCAUCCAUCCUCUGCAAAUUCAUCCUGCUGACCUUUGCAGAUUUGAAGAAGUACCACUUCUACUACUGGUUCUGCUUCCCUGCUCUUUGUUUCCCAGAAGGAAUAAAGAUUGUCAAACAGCCUUCUGGCCUAGAACAAGUUUUCUCAGCAAAACAGAUCACAGCCUUGCAGGAUGCCUAUGACUCCAUGUGUAUCAAAAAAGAGACCUCUGCAGUGCCUUACUUCCUAAUGAAAUACACAGAGGACACUGUUCAGAUGGCUCCACUCGGUGACUGGGACACGUUCUUCACUGAUACUAAGAAGGUUACUGUGGGCGUCUAUGAUCCGUGUACUCUGUCUCAACAUCCGGGCUGGCCACUGAGAAAUCUGCUGGUCCUCUUAGCUUACCGAUGGGGCUCUAAGCUGGACACAGUGGAGGUGCUGUGUUUCAGGGACAGAACUCUGCAGGGGAGCCGCUCCAUUCAGCACAGUGUCAUCUUCCAGAUAAAACUACCUGAGCUUCCCCUCAACUCAGCGUGUCCCAAGAGCGUAGGUUGGGAGAAGAACCCAAAGGGGGCCAUGGGACCCAGGAUGGUCAACCUCAGUGAAUGCAUGGACCCUAAAAGGCUUGCGGAGUCAUCAGUGGACCUGAACCUGAAGCUGAUGAGAUGGAGGCUGGUUCCUACCUUGGACCUGGACAAGGUUGUCUCCACAAAGUGUCUCCUGCUGGGAGCAGGGACUCUUGGCUGCAAUGUAGCCAGGACUCUCAUGGGAUGGGGAGUGAGACACAUCACAUUUGUAGACAACGCAAAGAUUUCCUACUCCAAUCCAGUUCGGCAGCCGCUCUAUGAGUUUGAAGACUGUCUCGGAGGAGGGAAGUCCAAAGCCCUGGCAGCUGUUGACCGCCUCACCAAGAUCUUUCCUGGCGUGAAUGCAGAGGGUUUCAACAUGAGCAUCCCUAUGCCCGGUCACCCAGUGAAUUUCUCUCAGGACACUCUUUCCCAGGCUCAGAGGGAUGUCGAGCACCUGGAGAAGCUCAUUUCAGAACAUGAUGUAAUCUUCUUAUUAAUGGAUACGAGGGAGAGCCGCUGGCUGCCCACAGUGAUAGCUGCAAGCAAGAGAAAGCUUGUGAUGAACGCCGCGCUAGGCUUCGACACAUUUGUCGUAAUGCGCCACGGCCUGAAGAAACCCCCUGUCAGUGUUUCUGCAGGGGCCGACUCCUCCACUUCCUGUUCUUCUGACUCCUCUUCCUCCUCCACACCUGCCGGCGCUGAACCUACUGUCCCAGGAUCCUCUCUGUUCUCCAACAUCCCAGGGCACAAGCUGGGCUGCUACUUCUGCAAUGAUGUGGUGGCACCAGGAGAUUCAACCAGGGAUCGAACUCUGGAUCAACAGUGCACAGUCAGCAGACCAGGCCUGGCCAUGAUAGCUGGAGCCCUCGCUGUGGAGAUGAUGGUGUCCAUACUGCAACACACUGAAGGAGGCUAUGCAAUAGCCAGCAGCAGUGAUGACAGAAUGAAUGAACCUCCCACCUCUCUGGGUCUAGUGCCACAUCAGAUCCGGGGCUUUCUGUCAAGGUUUGACAAUGUCCUGCCUGCAAGCCUGGCCUUUGACAAAUGCACUGCCUGCUCACCCAUUGUCAUUGAGCACUAUGAGAGGGAAGGUUUCAACUUCCUGUCUAAGGUUUUUAAUUCCUCCCACUCAUUUCUGGAGGACCUGACGGGGCUGACACUGCUGCACCAGGAGACACAGGCUGCAGAGAUUUGGGAUAUGAGCGACGAUGAGAGCAUCUGAAGGACUGGAGGAGCAAACCCUUAUCCCCCACACACCCCCAUCCUUCAGCUUCUGUCUGUUUUUGAUUUUUUUCAAGGAAGUACGUUUACAAAGGAAAAGGGCUUUGCAGGUGACAGUACACACACAGAUAAAACUCAAUUGAACCAAGCUAUCAAAUUCCUAUAAGUUCAUUUGGAGUACCGAUAAGACCUUCCCAAUAGAGUAAUUCGAUUACAAUUACAAACAAUGAAAGACUUAGAAACUGCUAAAACAUUCAGUGAAUCUCCGUUUGUCAUUUUGUGUGUAUUUCCCUGUCGUAUUUAAGGGAGAAUGUAACAAAGCAUUUGUAUUAUUGGACUUUAUUAUUAUUAUUUUGUUCUUAGUAAAAAGCCUCACUUAAUAGACCCAGGUUCAAUCCCCCCCACUGUCUCUCCAUCAACACAUUUAAUGGGUUUGCUGUGUCCUUUGGCAAGACAUUGACUAACAACAUCUGCUCGCUCAUUCAGCGUGCUUCAGAUUGAUUAUGAAACUACAAAAACACAGUCGACAACUCAGCAAAUCCAUCCAUUUCGCCCUGUGUUUACUGGAGACUGUGAUACAUACAGUGCAGUUAAUAAUAAAACCAGCUCACAGAUGUUACUGUGCGACUGAUGUGGAAACUAUUUACUGUCGCUGUAGACAACCUGGGAGCUCAAACUGCACGGUUUAAUCUAAAAGAGCCGACGGACAAACUGAAGGUUUUGUGUGUUUUGACGCUUGCAUGUCUUUCUGUUGCAUUUCUUACUCUGCUGUGUGAUAUGUGUCUGUACUUAUUAGAUGUAUGAUAUUUUCAACUGCCGCCUUGAUAUGAAUGGAAAAUAAUUAAUGCAAUGUGAGAAAAAUGUGACCUUCUUUUCAGAAUUUCAAAAGUUAUGUCAGAAUUGUGAGAAAAAUAUGAUUCUGGGAAAAACCCCAGACCCCAGACUUUUUCCUCAUAUGAAUUCCUAAGAACUGAAACUAAACAUGUAAUUCUGACUUGACAAUGUUCUGUUCUCAGAGCUGUUUUUGUCAUGCUUUUUUUCUUCUGUAAGUACUUAAUCAAUUAAUAAACUAUCUCUUUAUUA